GGCCGCUGACCUGCCAUGAGACAAGAUGGCGGCGAGCAAUGGAGGUGGAAUGGAAGUGGAUGGGGAUUCGGGCCCUAACGUGAUGGCCUCGGGGGUGACGGGGAGCGUGUCAGUGGCACUGCACCCCCUCGUUAUCCUCAACAUCUCUGACCACUGGAUCCGCAUCCGUGCACAAGAGGGAAGACCCAUGCAGGUGAUAGGAGCUCUGAUUGGGAAGCAAGAGGGCAGGAACAUUGAGGUGAUGAACUCUUUUGAGCUUCUCUCCCACACCGUGGACAACAAGACACAUAUCGAUAAGGAGUACUACUACACUAAGGAGGAGCAGUUUAAACAGGUCUUCAAAGACAUGGAGUUUCUGGGCUGGUACACUACAGGUGGUCCUCCUGACCAAUCAGAUAUCCAUAUUCACAAGCAGGUGUGUGAGAUUAUCGAGAGCCCCCUCUUUCUCAAGCUUAACCCGAUGACCAAGCACACAGACCUGCCAGUCAGUGUGUACGAGUCUGUGAUUGACAUCAUCAGUGGAGAGGCCACCAUGCUGUUUGCAGAGCUCACCUACACGCUGGCCACGGAGGAGGCUGAGCGGAUCGGGGUCGACCAUGUGGCCCGCAUGACCUCCACCGGCACAGGAGAGAACUCCACUGUGGCGGAGCACCUCAUCGCUCAGCACAGUGCCAUUAAAAUGCUGCACAGCAGAGUGAAGGUGAUCCUGGAGUAUGUGAAAGCCGUACAGGCAGGUGAAUUGCCCUAUAAUCAUGAGAUUCUGCGGGAGGCGAAUGCCCUGUGCCACAGGCUGCCUGUUCUAAGCACGCUCAAGUUUAAGACCGACUUUUACGAUCAAUGCAAUGACGUGGGUCUCAUGGCGUACCUGGGCACCAUCACUAAGACCUGCGACAGCAUGAACCAGUUCAUCAACAAGUUCAACAUCCUGUACGACCGGCAGGGGAUUGGCCGGAGGAUGAGGGGGCUGUUCUUCUGAGUGGGGGGGCUCCACGUAGCCAAAAUGGACAGACUGCACCGGCAUAUGCUUUAAGUGCAUGCGGUUUAUUGCAAAGAGCCAAUGUUUCGAUGCACACAGUCUUCCAAUCCACACAGCGGAGAUUCAUACGAGCUGUUCUUCUGUUGGCACAUGUGCUUCUUUCAGCACCGACCCAGUCAGACAGGAUCCUGGGCUUUCACACUCACUGACUCAGAAAUGCAAAUUUACUUCCCAGUUUGUGUCUCACAUUCACAAAACACAUAUAGUCAGCCGCUCCAUACUUUGAUCAAUGAUUCUGUAUUAUUUAGAAAUAAAAAUGUGUUGCUCUUGUUUUGGACCUCUUGGAAUCUGGGUCUUUGUAUGCAUUUCACAAUCUCAUAAAACUUCUGAUCCAACAGUGAGCCACCCUGACCCAGACAUUUGGGUGAAAUCAGAGAUGGUCACGGAGAGCUCAGGGUCUGAAAUUGAAAUUGUUCUGACCUUUAUGGUUUUGUUGACAACAAAUUAAAGUCAUCAGCAAGAUUAAAACUAUGUUCAGGUUACAUUGCAUUUUUGUAGGAGAUCAGUUAACAGAUCUUUGUGGUUGUUAGAGGAUUAUUGCAUUUUAUUCAUUAGCACCUGACACAUUUGACUGUAAGUGCUCCCUGGUAAUAGCAGACGUGGCAGCAAGCGUCCCUCCCCUUCCCUCUCAAGGGACAAA